AUUUUCCAAGAAAAUUAAUUUUAGAUCGAACUCGAGAAAAGGUCUUCGAGACAUCUGAGAAUCGACGUUGAUGAAAUUGAAAAAGUAGUAGCCCCAAUAAAGCCUCAAAAAAUUUCCAGGGUGUUCAGCACUCGCUUUGUCCGAUCAUUGGGUUAGAAUCAUUCCCCAAUUGUGGCUUAAACCCAACUGGAAUCUGUUCGUUCCUGUUCAUUGCGGAAUUGAGAAGAUCCCACGAGGUACAGAUUCAUUUUUAGAGCAAUCCCAGAAGAAUCGAUUUCGACUCCGAAUGUGGGGUUCGGUGUUAAUUGGUUGUCGGUCGAUCGUUGAUUCUUUCGGGAUGGAAAUUGAUGGGCAGUAGUUUAAGAUUCCUGGAGCUGGUUCCUCGAGCGACGAGAUUCGAUGGCUCUGUUUGGGUAGUGGCUAUCUCAGGUAUCAGCGGCGACCUGAAGAAGAGGCUGCGAAGACGACGAUGCGGCUUCAGUUUUCGCCUAGCAUGAGAAGCAUCACGGUCUCGACCAGUAAUGGGUUUAUUGAUUUUAUGAAGGUCAAGGUUGGAGCUCGUCACAUUUCUUAUCGAACCCUUUUCCACACUAUUCUCUUUCUUGCUUUCUUGUUGCCGUUCGUCUUCAUUCUCACUGCUGUCGUUACGCUCGAAGGUGUCAACAACUGCUCCUCUCUGGAUUGUUUGGGCAGGACAUGGGGACCUCGCCUUCUUGGUCGGGUUGACACUUCAGAGAAGAGGUUGGUGAGUGAUCUUUACAAGAUCUUCAACCAAGUUAGCUCUGAGGAAAUACCAGAUGGCCUGAAGCUACCAGAUUCAUUUACUCAGUUAGUUUCAGAAAUGAAAGAUAACCAUUAUGACGCAAAAACAUUUGCUUUCAUCCUAAGGGCCAUGAUGGAUAAAUUUGAGAAGGAAAUCAGAGAGUCUAAGUUUUCAGAGCUAAUGAACAAACAUUUUGCAGCUAGUUCCAUUCCUAAAGGCAUUCAUUGUUUAUCUCUGCGUUUAACUGAUGAAUACUCAUCAAAUGUUCAUGCUCGCAACCAACUUCCUCCUCCAGAGCUACUUCCGUUGCUCUCUGAUAACACGUACCAACACUUCGUUCUGUCAACCGAUAACAUUUUGGCGGCUUCAGUUGUUGUCAGCUCUGCUGUGCAGUCAUCUCUCAAUCCUGAAAAGAUAGUUUUCCAUGUCAUCACCGACAAGAAAACUUAUGCAGGGAUGCACUCCUGGUUUGCUUUGCACCCAGUCUACCCGGCUACUAUUGAAGUGAAGGGUACUCACCACUUUGACUACUUAACGAGGGAAAACGUUCCAGUGCUUGAAGCUGUGGAGAACCAGGAAGGAAUCAGAAAUUACUACCAUGGCAACCAUGUUUCUGGGGCCAACCACAAUGAUACAACUCCUCGAAUAUUUGCCUCAAAAUUGCUAGUUCGAAGUCCCAAAUACAUAUCCUUACUUAACCAUCUCCGCAUGUACAUACCUCAGCUCUUCCCCAAACUGGACAAGGUGGUCUUUUUAGAUGAUGAUGUUGUAAUUCAACGUGAUCUGUCUCGACUUUGGGAUGUUGACCUCGAGGGAAAGGUUAAUGGAGCUGUUGAAACUUGUAAAGGUGAUGAUGAGUGGGUCAUGUCAAAGCGAUUCAAGAUCUACUUCAAUUUUUCCCAUCCCUUGGUAGCAACGCAUUUAGAUCCUAAUGAAUGCCCUUGGGCAUAUGGCAUGAACAUAUUUGAUCUUCGUGCCUGGAGAAAGUCGAAUAUAACAGAAACAUACCACUGGUGGCUGAGAGAGAAUCUAAAGUCAAACCUGACACUGUGGAGGCUGGGUACACUACCACCGGCUUUGAUUGCAUUUAGAGGUCACAUUCAUCCAAUUGAGCCCUCAUGGCACAUGCUUGGCUUGGGCUAUCAGAACAAAACAAACAUUGAGAAUGUGAAGAAAGCUGCAGUUAUUCACUAUAAUGGCCAGUCUAAACCAUGGCUGCAGAUUGGCUUUGAACAUCUCCGGCCAUUUUGGACCAAGUAUGUCAACUAUUCCAAUGACUUCAUCAGGAACUGCCACAUUCUAGAGUCAUAACUCACGAAGGGUAGAGAGACGAUGCCAAAACAAACAUACCCAUGUUAGUUUGGAACGUUACCACUCGGCUUAAGAAAUUUGGAGUUUUACAUACAUGAUGAUGGAAGUAGACAAUGAGGCGCACGUGCAUUAACGUGUAACGUAGCAAUUCAUUUGGUCUUAGUUCCUGAGGAGUCUGGUAUUAUUAGUUCUUCAUGCAGGGAUAUCUCCACAGUUCUCAAGAGUAUAUUUUGGAAAAUAUAGCAGAAUACACAUUUACUCAUUGUCGACGUAGCUGUUAUCUAUCGAGGCGCAAACGAGGCUAGAACAGGUUACUCGGUGAGUGCUUCUCCAUAUGCUUGGUCACAAACAAUAAUGGUCUGCCCAUCAUCUUUUAUUUUUCCUAGUAUUACUAAAUUUUCUGCUCUGUAUUGACAACAUAUGAUGACUUGUUGAGGACAAGGUCUGGGAGAUUGAUCGGCUAUUGGUUCAUUGGAUUGAAGAACUCUUCUUCUUCUUCUUAGAUGAUAAAUGCUAUAUUAAGAUUCGUUCUGUACGAGAAUACAUUUUAAAAUGUGAAGAAAAUUCUUUCCAUUCAGUUAU